UUACCAUAAUUUUUGGGGGAAAAAAGUGAAUUUAUUCGACAUAAUUUAUUUCUUGCCUCGAGUUUCCAACUGGAAAAGAAAACUCCCAAAUGCCUCUGUUUAGUUAUCUUUCACAGAAAAUCUCUACUCAACUUUACCAAAAUUCAACGUAUAUAGUUCUGCAAAAACUGUUAUUUUCUUAUUUGCAUUUUGCAUAUUUGAAUUUGAUUUAAUUAAUCUAUCAGUCUACUUUCCGAUGAAUUACUGCUUUGUCUCCUCAUUUCUAUUUUUAUUUGCAGCCGUUGGCGUUAUUCUAAGCUGAAAUUUUUCUUCAAAUAAAAAAGAAUUCUUUGUAGCAGUUGAGCUACUGCCCAGUUAUACUUUCGUCAGUAGUUCAACUUUGGAGCAACUUUUGGAAUUAGAUUUUUGGGAAACGUAAAUAGAUUGAAUGAGGUCAAAGAUGAUGCAGUGGGAGUCAGACCCUUUGUUCUCCGCUGCCGAAAUUGUUCAAGAGUCAGCGGACAGGAUGGAGUCGACUUUUCGCCUUCUAUUGCAUGAACGAAGUCUUGUUCAAAGAGAUCAUACAGACACAAGAGUGCUUAGUUCUAUAGAACAUAACCAGCGUGAUCUCACCACUGCUCUGGAGACAGCAAAAUGGCAGCUUGAAGACUUCGAGAGAGAGGUAAAUUUGUCGGCCUUGAGAGACGAUUCUCAGAGGAGGCAAAAUGCAAUCACAAGACAUAAACAAUUCAUUGAGGCUAUUAGAGAACAAAUAAUUUAUGUGGAACAAAGCCUGGAGAACACAUCAGUAAGAAAAUCAUUGACAAAUAUGAACUUGAAUGAACAAGACAGAAAUGGAUUGGCAUUGUUUCUUUCAGGGGGAAAACCUGUUGAACACAUUUCAACUCAUGACUCCAAAGAUAAUACUAGCAGGUUUUUUGAUCCUGCUGCCUCAUCUAGUUCGAAUGACAAUAUUUCUGAAAGAAAAGCUGGUGAAACUGCAAAUCUUAACAUGAACAUGUUUGCACAUUUAAAUCGUGAUUUGAAUUUGAAGGGGGAUAAGUUAAGGAAAGUGGGUUUACUGCAUUCAACAGAAAUGGGAUUUGAACCAUCAUCUUCCAUUCAGAAUGCUGCCAAUGGCAGUUAUAAUGAGAAUGGGAGUUGGGAUUCGGAAGCUAAUGAGGCCAAAGAUAAGAACCACUUUCCAAGAAGUAAGCUGAGAGGCUGUUGUUGGAUCAUGAGUAUAUUAGGGUCCUUGGGAAAUUUAUUCUCCAUUUAUGGGAGUAGGGCUAGCAGAAGCUUUGCAAAGAGAUUGAAAGAUGGCGAGGAACAAAUACAUUCUCCACGUUCCCCUGAAACGCAGAGACAUCUUAGACGACUGUUGUCAACUUGUGGAUGUAGUGGUUUUCAUUUACCAUGUCCAGAGUUGUCGGCACGAGUCAUGCACUUCUGUAGCAGGAUUAGGACAUAUAUAGAAAGAUGCCAGAUACCUCUACGUCGUAUUCAAAUCAGUCGACAUUCAAUACUGUUUAUAUCAGCCAUGUUAUUGAUAAUAAUUGUUUUAGGUCUCUUGUUAUCUCAAGUUGCUUGAGCAGCAGCAUAGAGAAAUGGAGAAAUACCUUUUCUUGAUUUCAUAUGCUGCCCUGUUGUAUAGGGUACUGCAUCAUAUCUAUUAUACACUACAUAAGCUUGUUUGGUAAGUUGGUCCGUGACGUAUUGGACAAUGCUAAGAAAGAAAACGACUAUCUAGUGUCGUGUAUAACAAAUACAUGGCUUCAAAUAAGUUAUUCAAUUGUCUUGCAAUUGGGUGAUGAGAUUCUGUAAGUUGAGUUCUAUUGAUUUGUACAAAACCAUUCAUUGCUUGUCGCGUGGAUUGUAAAAUAACGGCUUGUUCUCUCUUUUA